CAGAGUUGGAGAUUCGCUAAGUCUAUCAUCAAUAAAAGCCACACAAAUAUAGCCUAACCCACUUCUUCUAGAAUAGGAUACUUUAAAGUUGCUAUCGAGGUCCAUUCAAGCGUGAUUGUGUGUCUUUCAGAACAUGUGGUUUCCUCCACCUGUUGUGGUUCCGUUUGAUUUUGAGUCGCAUUCAAACACGUGUGAAGAUAGUUCUGCCAGAACGAUGUGGCACAUAAUUCCAUUUGACCAACGCUCGUUUCUUGCAGUGAAUCAGACGGUCGGCUUUCGUAACAAUCCACCGAAUGCUGAGGAUGGAAGGAAGUUUAUGUUGAACAGGUCAUUGUUUGAGCUUCUCUGGGUCAAUCAUUGCCUGGAGCUCACCGAUCCAAAGCUGCUUGGAUGGUACCUUGCCUUACCAGUGGAGGACAGGGCAUUAAUACAACGAGAGGGAGGGUUUUUGCAGUUUUUAAAAAGACACCCUGCACUCGAAAUAGCCAGAAAGUGUGUUUGCAUAAAAUAUCAAAUCAGAGGAAACCACAUAGCCCCUAAAACAACUUCUACAUCAACUGAAAUGUCAUCAAACCUCAACAAAUCAAGGUACCCAAAGUUUUAUGGUGCGUCUCGGUGUCAAAACUGUGGAACCAGUUGUCCAUUUGGUAUCAAGAAGUGUAGCCGUUGUGGUAUACAUAUACAGGUUUCAGAGGAAAAAUUCUAUGAGUCAGAUGAGAGACAACUUGAGCUGCUCUCAAACAGAGUUAGAGAAGAGCUGAAUGUAAUCGCUGCCAAAAGUGGUGUUUCAGAGACGGAUCUUCAGAAUACCUCAACUAGAAGCUCCCAGAGGUCUUAUCAUGGUCCUCCUCCUCCCCAUAAUUCAGUGUGCAAUUCCCAGGCUCAGUGCCUGUCUCAGCUGUGGGAGGAAGUAGAGAAAAGGAAGGACACUAAAUGCUUUAAGGACUCAACAGCCCAGGCAAGCUUCUCCCUUGAUAUGGAGCUGGAAAUGCAGAGUCGGGCUCAGAAGAAAGACUAUACCCAAAGUCACCAAUCACAUGUGGAAUUGGAAUGUAAUGCAGAUCAGGAAACACAGCCAGAAUACUACAGUUUCAGUAGCUUUGGAUUAGACCACAAUGAAUGGAGUGAAAACAGCCAGAACAUGGAGGCAGGCUACAAUGACUCAAUAAUGGCCACCAACGGCAGUACAGAACCCUCAGAAAUGACCAUGGCCAGUGCUGCAAACUCCACUGAUGAUUUCUCUAGUCUCUGCAACUCUUUCGAGCUGGCUGAUGAUUCAGGAGACCAUUAUGAGGGCCUAAAAAAUAAGAAUGUAUCAAGAAAUGGACAACAGAUUGAAGAAAAUCACAGAGAGAUCAAUGUGGGGUCUGCACUCAAAUCCACUUCAAGUGUACAGUGCGGUGCUUCUUGUGCUCCUGCCUUUUCUAACCAAACAGUGGAUGCGUGUGGUGAUUUCAGGGCCUGUUUUACAUCUACAUGUGCAACAGAAUUUUGUCAGCUCUCCCAAGUGAAAGCCUGCAGAGACGUUGCCACUGACACAGAGCCGCUUACUGUCAGCUAUGAGAAAGCCACACAGACCAUGCAAAUGUCCAUAUCUGAAAAAAGUACCAUUACUGAGGUCUACAUGUCUGACUUGGAUAUUCUGACAGAGGAAUUCAUACAACUAAAGGAGAUGGAGAAGGAACUGAAACAGCUGAAGGAUAGAAAGGCAAGGCCCUGUUCUGACUUUGCUGAAAAGGGUGGCGUUGACCCAUGCCGCAGAGUUUGUUGGUUUGACUGUAGCUUGCAGGCGAGACGGGCAGAGCUGUGUCUUUUGGCCCUUCAGUUCCUCAUGUGCCAACAACACUGCUGGAGAUGUUACUUCACCUCCCCGCUGGGUGAAAAUCCUCAUCAGGGGACUGAGGCACUGCCUGACAUCAUGACAGAAAUUUUGAAUACACUAGAGAAAGAUUAUCAUGAGAUGAGGAGACAGAUUCUGGCAGGUAUUCCUCUGGAUCACCUUAAGCCCCUGUCAGUAGACUCAGAAAAGAUAAUCACAGGGACAUGCUACAGCCCAGCAUCGGUGCUUAAGGCCCAUAUAGGCUUAUUUGGCUCCGAAGAAAGUGCUGUUGCAAAUGUGGUGGAUGAAGAAUGUAAAGCGAUGAAGGCACCUCUUAGUCCAGUCACUGAAGCCGCUCAGGAUGAACCACAAGAUGAUAGCAGCAAGAAAGACAGAGCUGUGGUCAUCCUGAACAAGCAGCCAGUUGCCCUCAUUGCCAUCAAGGAUCUAAAUUGUAGUGAAGCUUGGUUUGACGCAGAGGAGGAACUUGGGUCUCCCAAUCAAGAUGGAAAGAUGAAGAAACAGAGAGAGGAGAGGGAAAGUAUGAACUACAAAAUGAACCAAAAAGGGACUGAUGAGAAUGAGUCAAACGAAAGCUCCCUCUUGUGUGUUACUUGCUUGCCAAGUAAUUUAACUGAGCAUGAAGUGCUGCUGUGGUUUGAGAAAUAUAAUGCCACAAGUGUUUGCAUCUCCACUUUCAGCAACAAUAUCAGGGUAGCUAUUGUUUAUCUCAAGAACCCAAGUGAUGCCAAGGCAGCUGUGAAGGAUCUAAAUGGGUGCUGCCUCCAAGGUCACACUGUUCAAGUACAGCAACUCUGUGGGCCUGCCUCAGCUGAUCCUAAGCUAAGUGAUCAGUCUCACAACACUUCAGAAACCCAUAAAGCAGAACCUGCUGGUGAUAGACCAAAAACAAAGGGUGUUUUACAUUACAAGUCAUCACAAAGAGGACUGCGCUGUAGUGUGGACAGGUUGACCAAUAUAUGCGACUCACCCACAGCCUCUGGCACCUGUGUGCCACAGCAUUACGCCACCAUGGGAAGCUAUGACACAAUCAUGGCCCACCUGGUGGAGCGUCACCCAAACAUAAGCCGCCAGAGGAUCAUAGAUGCCAUGCUGGAACUGCGGGCCAAGCAUCAGGGCUUUCUCAGUGGCCUCCCAUUGAGAUCUAUAGUGGAUAUGACCUCAGAGCUUCUCACAAAGACAUCUACGCCCAAAUGUAUUUGAAUUUGAGUUUGAGCAGCAGUUAAGGGGAUGGUUCAACCAAAAAUUAAUUUUCUCAUCAUUUAUUCACCCUCAUUCCAUCCCAGAUGUGUAUGAGUUUUAUUUCUUCUGCUGAACACAAUGAACAUUUUUA